CGGGAAGGAUCCUGGACCCCAUAUUUUGAGUUUCCUGGCCCUUGGUUCUGGAGAGGACGCUGAGCGCUGUCGGGCCUGGGCUCUGAGAAGCGCUGUCUGCGUCGGUGCCGCCCUGCCGGGUUCUGACCUGGCUCCAGUGGUCCGGUAGCUCUCUGAAGCUAGAUGGAGACUCAGAUACGAACGUAAUAGCUCAACUGGGCACGGAAACGGCCUUUCCCGGAGCACAGGAGGGAGCCUGUGGCGCCUCCGUGGGCACCUGGGCGGAGAGACAGGCGCGAGCGCGGCUCCACAGGUGGCGGCGGCCUUCCCGGCACCGUCUCCGGCCGUGGCCCGCCGGUGAGGCGCGCUCGUUGAGCCCGGGGGCUGAAGCGAAGGAGGAGUAAAGCGGUGAGUCAGGGACCGAGUGGAAUUCACUCGCCAGGGAGACAGAGGAGCGAGAAAAAGACUGAAAGUGCAGAGGACAACGCCAAAGUGAAGCUCAGACGAGGGUGGCGAGAUGAGACGGUGCGUGGUGCCCGGCGGACGAGCCCGGGUGUGAGCCAAACUGCCCAAAGCCAGGGGAAACGUCAGUGAGUGGAUGAAUGCGACACUCGUGGGUCAGGGAGUCAAAAGUGGAGUUGAGCAUUCAAGUGGAAAAAUGAAUAAGUAAGUCGGUGUACUCCGGAUUGCGCCUGGGGAUGGAUGUGUAAAUGGAGGCUAAUUGGUAAUGAGCGGUCUCGGCAGCUAAUGAGCGGGUGAAUUAGUCGGUGGAUGAGGGCGGCAGCUCCUGGCCACACACACUGAUGAGCUAAGUCAAAGAGCAUGCCGGAUCGAACAGAGCCCGGGACUGGCUUCACUGAGGAGGACCGAGCCGAGCCAGGGGAGGACGCACGCUGGCAGUAAGGAGGGCACCGGGUGGGCGAAUGUGUCCCAGGAAUCCCAGAACGCUGGCGACUGAGCCCAGCGAGUGCGUGCGGGCGCGAGCCGCAGCGACUCCAGUAACUGCUCUGCAGGGAGCGGCUGCUCGAGCGAGCAGCCUGCGGCGGGCCAGUGUGUGCGGAUGGGGGCGGGGCCGUGGCCACGCGGGAGCCUGCGGGGCGAACCCACAGGCGCGUCCCCGGCUGCGGGGUUCCGGGGGGCCCCGCCACGCCGCACUGCCCCUGGCUUCCGCGCGCCGCCGAGCUGCUGCUGAGUGGAGGAACGAGCAGCUAAAAAUAUGUCGUGCUUUUGUGGAAGGGCUGGUCCUUCCGGAACGGCCUGGGCGCCGUGCGGCGUGGUGCGGCCCGUCGGGGCUGUGGCGUCCUCCCGUGCGAGUCCAUUUCCCGCCGCGGGUCCAGUGCCGGCGCGAGGCAGGAUACUGGCAGUCCUCACUGCCUGGACACUGGCCCGUCUUGGGGCAGCGCUGGCUCGGCUUGGUGGCCGGGAACCUUGGGUCUUCCCGAAAACUGCCCUUGCCUCUGCCAAGACAGCAGGUCGAAAAUAGCCCGGUCUCGGUCACACCUCCGGCGAGCUGCCUGCUUGCCUCGCAGGCAAGCCGACUUCCCCUGGGUCUCUGCGCGCCCUGGCCAGAUGUGCGGCACCUCUGGACCUGUGGCCUCGCCUCCUCCGGCAGCUCUCAGAGGAUGUGGUACCAAAUUCCUCUCUCAGAAGAAUGAAGAGUCCCGCUAAGUCCUGAGAAGGCGCCAGUUUGGAUGGGUGGGCCGUCCAGGCCCGGCCCUCGAGGCAGCCUGCGGGGCCUUCCAGCAGGGACAGUCAACA